AUGCUGAACGAAGCUGGUCUUCAGAGCGUCAUCGAUACAGUGGGGGAUCCUCGUUCUCGACGGCAGGUACCCUCCCAUCCUCAUGGCCGCAAGAUGAAGGGCGAUAUCCACAUUCCUGGAAUCCGCGAUCGAGGGUCCGAGCAGUACGAGGGCUUGAUGGCGGACGUGACGUUGGUCCACCCUUACAUUGCGUCUGAGAAGAUUCGCAAACAUCGCGCUGCAUAUGCCAUGACUACUCCUCCUCGAGCGUUCAUCCCUCUUGCCAUCUCGACGGACGGUACCCUGCAUCCUGACACCCUCCGCUUCAUCUGGUAUCUCGCGGACAUCAUUGCUCAGCGCUCGAUGCCUCUUGAGGAUGCGGCGUUUGGUCGGCACUUCGUGCCUGAUGACGGCCCUGCUGCUGAGGUCUUGGCUCGCAAACGCGCCGCCACCUAUCAGCGCCAGCUGGCGCUGGAGGCGCUCUUGUCUGGUGCGAGGCGCAUGACGCCCUUGCGGACGCAAGCGCUUCUCGAGCCAGAGGACAGCUCCUCCUCGGACUUUGUAGACGUGUGGCGGCAGCGGACGUCUCGACUGACAGUGGUCAGUCGGCUGCCUCCGGGUAUCGCGUCUAAGGGAUUUUAUUCCUCCUGCAUGCUCCUGCUGCUUGUUGCUUGA